AUGGCGUCGUCGUCGUAUCUGCCCAUGCCCGAGCCAACCGUGCCCAAGAGGCCCCUUUCGUCCUACAAACUCAUCUCGUACGACAUCUACGGCACGCUCAUUGACUGGGAGACGGCGAUCGUGAAGUUGCUACAACCGUUGGUCUCCCGCAUCCCCUCAUCCUCCCCCCUCAGUCAGGAGUACCGUGACAGCACGACCGCUGGGGCCGAGGGACGGAUCCGCCUGGCGGCCAAGUUCAACGACGUCGAGCACGAGCUGGAGGCGAAGAACCCGUCCCAGCAAUACGACCUACUCCUGCAGGACAUCUACCUGCGCAUCGCCGCGGACUUUGGCGUCGACGCAACGCAGGAGGAAGCUCAGCAGUUCGGCGCCAGCAUCGGCACCUGGCCGCCGUUCCCGGACACGGUGGACGCGUGCCAGCGACUGGUGCGCGACCACGGCUUCAAGCUGGUGCCGCUGUCCAACGUCGACCGGGCGAGCUUCUCGCGCACCUGCGCGGGCCCCCUGGCGGGCGUCGACUUCUUCCGCAUCUACACGGCCCAGGACAUCGGCUCGUACAAGCCCGACCUGCGCAAUUUUGAGUACCUGAUCGCCCACGCGAAGGAGGACGCCGGCGUCGAGAAGCACGACAUCCUGCACGUCGCCCAGAGCAUCUUCCACGACCACAUCCCGGCCAAGACGAUGGGUCUGGCCAGCGCCUGGAUCAAUCGCCGUGGUGCCGGCAUGGGCGGCAACGACGCCAUCAGGGCCAUCCACGAGCGCGGCGAGGUGGGAUAUGGAUGGCGCUUUGGGACGUUGGGGGAGUUGGCGGACGAGGUUGAGAGGGAGAAGGGAGAAAGGGGAACGUAA